AUGAGCCCGAACACAACAAAGACAGACAUUGAGCUCAGUAUAUUGAGAGACGGCUAUCCCGCCCUCUCUAGAUGGAUCUCUCGGGACCCUGAUGACGAAGCAUUGGUGUUCCGCAAAUUUGGGCGAAUGUCAGCACGCAGCAUAUUGCAUUUGCAGUGUCGGAUCAUCCAUGUUGAAAAAGAGGUUGAUGAUCUGGACGAGCGGAUAAAGCGGUCGGCAAACAUCCAUACAGUGCGCUCGCUAAAGCGCUGGGAAACCCUGAUGGAGAGAGCAGAUGUGGUGGACAGCCUAGAAAAUCAGCUUCCAGAUAAAACUCUCGUUCUACGCGCACAAAUAGCCAAACUCCACAAACCAAGUGACCGCCUCGUGAAAGCAUACAGAUAUUUCCUCAAAGUGAAUGGUAUUAGAGACUCGAACGACAGUCCCAUGAACCUUCUCUCCGGGCGCGCAAAAGACUUUCUAUCCUGCCAACCUGGUUCCGAUACUCCCGAUACCUCCGACCUCGUCGCUCUCCAAAAGCCCCCCGACUACGAUUUCCUGUCGCGUACUUUACGAAAUCACUGGUCCUUCAGAACGAAGCCAUCCGCUGAAAGGCCUGACGAUACAUUUCAGUUCGAAGACAAGAACAUCGUCCGCUUUGUGGCAGUGCUAAGCAUGGUCCUCGCCGCAACACUACUCGUUGGUGCAAUCGUCAGUCUCUAUUUCGUACGGAAUGAAAAGGUUAAGCUGGCGCUAAUAGCCAUCUAUACGGCGCUGUUUGCGGCAAGUGUAAAAUCUUGUACGGAUUCGAAGCGGGCAGAGGUUUUCGCGGCGACGGCAGCGUAUGCAGCUGUGCUUGUUGGUGAGUUUCCAACUUCCCGUCAGUUUGGAAAAUAUUAA